AUGGAUAAAUUCUUUCUUUCUUUCUUUCUUUCUUUGUCUGUAUAUCACUUUGUCCCCGUCUUUAUGUUACUUUCCCCCUUCUCCCUCUCCCUCCCCCCCCUCUCUCUCUCUCUCUCAUUUACUCUCUUUUAUUUUCUCUCACUUUCUCCCGUGUCGUUUGGUGUCCCGCUAAAAAACGAUUCUUUCAGUCCCUGCGCAAGACCUUUUCUCAGAUAUUUCUCUUCUAUGAUGUUCCUCUCCGGCUUAUUCCUCAGCCAGUGCACGACGUCGCCAAUUUUGUCAAGUGUUUUACGAAAUGACACCCGCUCAGCAAGGGUGUUGCGCGGAUAUUUGUUCCUCAGGUCGUUCAUCUCGUCGUGUAGUGAUUUCAAGUCUAUCUAUCUAUUUCUGGUCUAUCUAUCUAUCUAUCUAUCUAUCUAUCUAUCUAUCUAUAUAUAUAUAUACACAAUUUUUUAA